CACAGGCACGGCACGCGGACUAUGGCGGGGCUGGCGCUGUGCCCCGCGUCCGGCACCUGCAUGGCGCUGCUGCUGCUGCUGCUGCUGCUGCUGUCAGGUGAGCCGGUGUCACCCUUCAAUUGGGAGGACGUGUCCCGGAAUCCCAAAGGAAGUGCAUGUUCCGGGAUGUGGCAGUAUCCCCGAUUCGUGGCCAGGAAAAGGGGCUCUGUGGUAAAAAUUCAUUGCCACACAAACACCUCCAGCUCCUCUAACAACGUGACCUGGUUCUGGAAGCAGGAGGCAGACAAGGAGCCCCAGGAGCUGCCCACCAAACAGGGCCACUUCAUGCGGACCCACAAUGGCUCCGUCCAUACCCUCACCAUUCAAGGCAUCCAGUAUGAGGACAACGGUGUCUACUUCUGCCAGCAGGAGUGCCCUGGGAACCCCCCUGCUGUCUUCCAGAGCUGCGGGACAGAACUUCGAGUCAUGGGGUUCAGCACCUUGGCCCAGCUGAAGCGGCGGAAUACGCUGAAAGACGGCAUCAUCAUGAUCCAGACCCUCCUCAUCAUCCUCUUCAUCAUCGUCCCCAUCUUCCUGCUGCUGGACAAGGAUGACAGCAAAGCCGGCAAGGAGGAAGACCACACCUAUGAGGGCCUGAACAUUGACCAGACAGCCACCUACGAGGACAUAGUGACGCUGCGGACAGGGGAGGUGAAGUGGUCUGUCGGGGAGCACCCAGGCCAGGAGUGAGGAGCUGUCCCCAUUCCCCAGGACCGUCCUGGGCCUCACUGACUGCACCAGAGCUGCCUGGUUCGUGUUCAUGGCCUGUUCCCCCUCUCUGGACCCUAGCUGGCCUCUGAGGCUGGCCCACCAGAGCCACCUCCCCCUCCAGCUUCUGGUCCCCAGCUCUUGCCAAAGGGCCUAGGACAGAAGGACCACAGACAGUGAUUUGGAACAAGGAGUUCUCUGGGGAGGGGCUGGGCCCAGCCUUCCCGCCUCUGGGACGUGAAAGCAGAGAGACUUGUUGAAAACUGCGCAUGGACUCAAAACAGACGAGUUCCACACAGGGCCUCCAUGGAGGGCUUCCUGCAGGGCCAGGCCCCAGCGCUCCAGCAUGACCAUCAAGAACGUGCCCCUCUCUCCCAGCCCCCCAUCUGACAGGGCACCAUGCAGGGAACCCCUUCUCCCGUGAAAUAAACA